AAACCUACAUUGUGUGUAGUGUUUAUCAUUAUUGGAAUUCUGUCAACAGGCAGAUCUAUUGGGAGUGGCACAUAUUCCCAAUCCACUUUCUUUCAAAGUUAGGUGGUUCUUAACUUGCAUUGCUUUAUAAUUAGUCACUGGCCAAUCAGAAUAGGCGUUACUUCACGCUUACGGAAGUACACUUUCACAGUUCCCCGGAUGACGAUGAACGACAACAAAACUACCGAUGUGUACAUGUGCUGACCGAAGUGAAAGGAUGUAAAACUGGUUAUCCUUAAAGGCGGAGAGCAUGGAUGCUGCUAUGGAGAAAGAAUCCUUUAUCAGUGGCCUAAAACAAUUUGUGGAUGUGUGUCAAAAUGACCUCAACAACAUUCUCCAGGGUAUAGGAUGGACAGCAGAGAAUAUUUUGGAGCAUGACGAUCGAGGUCUUUGUCCACAUGACAGUAACCAUGUGAUGCCAGCUGCCAGUCUAGACAAACAUACAGCCAUAUGUCCGCUGUUGAAGAAAGGCUACACAAAGGAGGAAGCAAUUCAACAGAGAGAAAGUAGCCGAUUUUUCUAUGAAGGCCAGGAAGCCAGUGUGCCAACCGUGAAAAUUGAUCAGGAGCUGACAAACAAGAUUCUCUGGGAUCAUCAUGUGAAGAACCGAUCAAUAUUUUAUGGCCAGAAAGAUGAUUGUUUGACGAGAGACAAUCAAGAGGUUCGACUGACUGCCUCAGAAAGAGCUGCCAUUUACGAACAUGUUGUGUCGAAAGCAAAGGAGGAGCGUGAAUUUAUGCCACUUGAUGAUGAAUUUCUCACCAUGAAUCUGGAAGAAUUUGUCAAGAAAAAAAUAACAGGAAAGGAUGGCUCCACUGGCAACAAUCCGUCGAACUACUUAGAAUACAUCAAAACUGAACGGGACUAUAAACGCCGUCGACAGACAUACAGAGCCAAGAAUGUCUACACUACAAAGAAAUCCUAUACUGAGGUUAUAAGAGAUGUUAUAGAAAACCAGACAGAUCUUUUUGCAUCCUUUAUGAAUCUAGAAAGUCGAAGAAAUACAGAAAAAGAAGACACGGAAGAAAUCUCGAAAGGACAAAGCUCGGAUCGAAUUGGUGUUGAAACUGAGGAAUUAUUGAUGGACAGAAAGAAAAAUUAUUCAUCCUCAAGAGAUAGAUCUAGAGAAAGAAGUGUAGUUAGGUCUAAAGAAAGAAAGUUUGACAGAUCAGGAGAACGAGAAAGUCGUCGGCAAAGGAAUUCAGAUUAUAUUGACAGUAGAUCUGAUGAGAGAAUUAGGGAAAGGGGUGCUGAGCAAUCUCUGGAAAGGGACAAUUUAGGAGAUAUUGACCAACGAGAUGAGGAAAGGGAAAAGGGGAGGAAAAGGUCAAUGUCAUUGUCAGAAGGCAGUGAGAGCGAUACCAGCAAACGACACAAGAAACAUCACAAGAAACAUAAGCAUAAACACAAACAUAAACAUAAGUCAAAAUAGGUCAAAUAAGGUCACAGUGUUAUUCAUCAUAGUAGGUCACCUAAGGUCACAGUAUCAUACUUACAGUAGAUCCUGUAAGGUCAUAGAAAAAUGAUCAAAUUAAGCUACAAAUUUAUUGUAGGUUCCAUACUGUCGAAGUAAAAUACAAAAAGUAGAUAAACAAGAAGGUCAUAAAAGGGUCACACGGUCAUAGGAUAGGGUCACAGAAAAAUGGAAUAAGCCAGGUGACAUUUGGUCGCUGUCAAAGUGGAUAAAAUUCUGUUAAUGGUUAUUACGUACGGUCAAGUUGCACUAAAGUAUAUACUGUAUUUCAUUUUUCAUCUCUCUGUGCAGUAUAUUGGUCGGAUUAUAUAUCUCAUUCAUUUGCCGUGUGAUUACAAUACUUAACUUUUGUAUCAUGUUUGUUAUUAGGGAUUUACAUCCUCGCAACAGCUAAGGUCGUAGGAGUGAUGUCUGGAUGAUAAUUGAGGUCACUGACAUACACUUAUAUAUUGGUAUCACACUGAAAUGCCAUUCAUCGGCACAGGGACCUGACAAAAAUUCACAAUUCUUGUUCCCGUGCAUUUCCGUCCGGACUGUGAGUUUUCCGGACUAUCGGCGUCCGGAUUAUCGCGGGUCCACUGUAUAUAUAUAUAUAUAUAUAUAUAUAUAAGAGCAUGUUCUAUCAGUCACAUUACACAAUGAGAUAAUAUGAAAUCGUGAUAAACACAUUCAUUUUAUGCGAUUGCACGAUUUAAUGUAUUGUGACGAAACUGCAUCCGAGGUAUACUUCAUGUAUUGAUAAGCGAAUUUUUAUUAAGCAUAUGAAAAAAUGUAAUUGCUGUAAUUAAAUAUACACCAAUAUUAUGUAUUGCUACAUGUAUGCAUAUGCAUGGAAGAAAAUAAAAAAAUUCCAAAACAAAAAAAAACUAUCUACACUAUUGACAAUAGGGAUACUGAAUAUACCUACCUAACUAUCUACACUAUUGACAACAGGGAUUCUGAAUACAACUACCUAACUAUCUACACUAUUGACAACAGGGAUUCUGAAUACAACUACCUAAAUAUCUACACUAUUGACAACAGGGAUUCUGAAUACAACUAUCUACAAUAUUGACAACAAGAAUACUGAAUACAACUACCU